UCCAGGCAGGAGGGAAGACGUGGAGGGGCGCGCGUCUGCCGCAGGAAACACGGGGUCCAGAGUCCCAUUUACGAGUGAGGCGUUCCCACGAGUUAGUCUGUGGCUUUGGGGAACGCUCUUUCCUGGGCCUCAGUUUCCCCAUCUGUAAAACUGGAGUAAAUCGCGCAGAAUUGGGAUGGGAAUUACACGAGGUCCCGCGCGCUCCGAGGGCGAGAAAGGCCGGCGGCUCCCUUCGCGCCGAGGGCAGGACGGCGGCGGCCGCAUCACCGGGCAGUCUCCCGACUCGCCAGGUGUGGGCUCAGCCCUCCGCUCCCUGCCUUCCUCCCCGAAGUAGGCUGGGGGCGAGGAGCGACGGGCUCUGCCCGGCACUGGCGCCUCCCGCGCUGGCGCCCCGGGUGUCUGCCCCGCCGGCACCCGGAGGUGCCCGGCGCUCCCGGAGCUGGGCGCGGCGCGGUCCUCGUGACCCGGCGGACGCCUCCGGGACCUCGCCCCUCCCUCCUGGCUGUGCGCCCUGCGCCCUGCCUGGCCUGUAUUUGCCCUCCUGGCCUCAACGCACCGCGACCCGACGCCCGGCCCGUCGCCUUGCUCUCCCUAGCAGGACCGCAGAGAGCAACCCCGGGGUCCGGGCCAGGGCCGACAGGCACCCGGAAAGGAGUCGGUGUGACCCCGACGAGAAGCAGAGAUGGGGAAAAAACUGGAUCUUUCCACGCUCACAGAUGAAGAGGCCAAGCACGUCUGGGAAGUGGUUCAACGGGACUUUGACCUUCGAAGGAAAGAAGAGGAGAGACUAGAGGGUUUGAAAGGCAAGAUUAAGAAGGAAAACUCCAAGAGGGAGCUGCUUUCGGACACGGCCCACCUGAGCAACACCCACUGCGCCCGCUGCCUGCAGCCCUACCGGCUCCUCGAGACCCCCAAGAGGCAAUGCCUGGACUGUGGCCUCUUCACCUGCAAAGGCUGCGGCCACAACCCGGAGGAGCAGGGCUGGCUCUGCGACCCCUGCCACCUGGCCAGGCUGGUGAAGAGGGGCUCCCUGGAAUGGUACUACAGGCAUGUGAGAGCCCGCUUCCAGCACUCCGGGGGGGCCCAGGUAGCGCGGUCCCUCUGCGGGAGGCUGCAGGGAGCAGGUGGGCCUGAGCCAGGCCCCAGAGGGAGAAGUGGAGACAGCGAGCACACGGAUGAGGACAGAGAACAGGACACAGGGGCCCAGGCCCAGCCCGUUGGAAGCAAAAAAAAGCGCGUCCUCCCCGUUCACGGCUUGGACUUCGAGGCAGACUCUGACGACUCCACUCCGUCCUGCGGGCACCCCCCAAGGCUGUCCUUGGUCUCUGUGGCCGCGGACAACCCGCAGGCCCUCACAGGUGAGCCCUGCGCGGAGGAGACCACCUCCCAGGAGCCCGUGGUCCUGGAUGGGGCUGACACCAGGACCUCUGGGUGCCACCCCUGUCCAGAAGGGCAGAUGGCCAGCCUCUCGCCUGCCGGACCAGACGCCCUCGCUGAGCUCUGCCUGCCAGCAGAGUCUUGCAUGGCGGCCCCGGGGACGACUGCGACACCUGGAACAAAUGUCCUCUGGAAUGAGCAGCUCCCAUCCCACUAUCUGGCCGACGUGGACACCUCAGAUGAAGAAAGCGUCUGGGCUCAGAGGGUGUCCUCUCACCAUCCCAGACGGAGAGGCCAGACCUUGUCUGAGAAGCAGCGCUUCCAGGUGACCAACCGGCUGAGAUCAGCCACUCGUCCAUCUCAGUGUCCAGUUGGCAGCAAGCCCACAGGCGCCGACGUGGAAGAGGCGGCCCUAAAGAGAAGACUGGAGGCCUUGAUCAGCCGCGCCGGUGACCAGCGGGCCUCAUCCGAGGAGGAGGGCAAGGACGGAGGGGCGGAGCAGGGCAGCAGCGUCCCCAGCGAGGACCCCCCCGGGGCCGCCCCGGAGGUGUGCACAGCUGCAGGCCAGACGCCCAGCCGGGAGAAGGGGGCCCGGGGCCCCCAGGACCCCGUGCAGCCCAGCAGGACCACAGACGAGGAGCUGUCGCAGCUGGAGGACAGAGUGGCCGCCACGGCCUCUCAGGUGCAGCGGACAGAGAGCGAGGUGUCAGAUAUCGAGUACAGGAUUGCAGCCUUGCAGGCUGCAGGGCUCACUGUGAGGACCUCGGCAAAGCCCCGGAAGAAAUCCAGCCUCCCGGUAUUUCUUCCCCAGCUUGUUGGGAAGUUGGGCCAGAGUCCUAAGAAUCCGCGUGCAGACCCUUCAGAUGAGGUCGAGGUGGUGGCUGUACCCUAUCCUGUGAGGAGAAAGCUCAGUGAUCACCCCAGAAGUCAAGACAAAGAUGAUGCCUCUUUCGAUCGGAAGUCCGUGUCCCGCGGAUCCCUGACACAGAGAAACCCCAGUGGCAGGAAGGAAACCGCCAACCACAGCGUUGCAAAACCCGUGAUGACCCACCAGCCCUUAAACGGGAGGUUCGUCUGAACGGGACAGAGCAGGAGUGGCGCUGGUCCUUUCCCUCCACCUCAGCCUCCGUGUCCCUCCACCUGCCCCGCGUUUUCCAAUGCACGCAGCCCAGUGGAGGAAUGAGAAGAAACCCCGUCUGUGAGCUGACGGCGGUUCUCAGCCCGUCAGCUCUUCACCCACGUUCUCUGAUGACCUCCAAGGCGCCCCUGCCCACCUGCUCUGAUCCGUGAGAAACAUCUAGGCUGACGCGUCUCUCCUUUAGGGUUUAAGCUUUCUGAAGGACACAAAGAAGCUUUUGUUCAGUGAUCUUCUAGCCCUUUCACUGCUGGCUUUCUUAUGCUGCUUUCAUGACCAGAAUGGAAAAGGGGUGACUCAGUGACCGCACCAGCCAUCUGUACACUCCUGACUGUGUCUGUCGGAGCCAGGGCAGGUGUGUGGGUGCGACUGGACAUCAGGACAAGUCACUGAGCUCAUGUCCAUCUGAAUAAGAGGGAGGGAUAGACCCCCGCAUCUCCUCACACAAACACACCUAGUCUGCAAGUUCCCAGCCUGUGCUUCACAGGCUGGGAGAAAGCACACUGUGGUCGAGGACAGAGCAUGCCAGCGGCAGCAAGUGAGCAUUUGCUCAAAGCCCGGGUGCAGGUGCAGACCGCCUGCCGGGAGGCACUGGCGGAGCCUGGACGGGCGGGGCCCAGCCUGGCACUGCCACUCGCUGCGGUGGAAUCCAGGAGGCCACUUGCCGUCGGUCCGCAGAGGAUCUCCAAGUCCUGCUCAGCCUCGGACAGUCUGGGUGUCUGUGUGGCUCAUCCAGCUUGAAGGGGAGCCCGCUGGGACCCCCUCCACAGCCGCCUUGAGCACAGUAACCCUGUCUCCCCUCGCUGAGCACGGCUGCGUGCUUCAGAGGGACCGGUUUACUGAGUCCUCGGAACAGCGCACUUUGCAGAGGAGGGAACAGAGCCCCGAGUGUGAGGCAGCCUCCCCUGUGAUCCUGAUACGUUCUGGAGUGACUGGGUCAGCUUUGAGUUGUUCUCUCAAGUGGUUUGGUGUCUGUGUUCUGUGGUAACUGAAAGAAGAGGUGAAUAAAUGAUGCCCAAGAGCCUUUGAUACGAAGACUGACUGUGGACACAGCCCCACCCAUGGUUUACAGAUUCUGCAUCACGAGCUCCCUUCGCGUUUCCACUGAGCCUAUAGCAUCACGGUCACCGCAGAGACCGUGUCAUCGACGGGCUGGCCCGUGGCAGCUCCAGUGCGCUUUUCCGAAUCAGCAUCUGAGUUGAUCUGAAUGACUAGGCUUCAGGUUGUGCUGGGAUUUGCAGAAAAGAUGGCUCUGAAACUCCUUCUCAGAAUGAAAGCUGCUUGAAAUAGUCAGCUCCUAAUUCAACGCUGAAAAUGAUUAAAGGAUUCCAGUAAGCCAAAGAGGAUCCAUCCUUG